UGCACCCAUGUCACAGUCGGCAUCACUUCCAAUUCCACUUGGUGCCGUUUCGCUCGCGCAGCGCGCACUUGACAGAGUGACUUGACAGUCAGAGGCGGGCCCUAAUGCAGGAGGAGGCAGGCCGGUGUUUUUCCACUGCCGCGGAUGUCUCAUGUCCCCCCUGUUCCGAGAGACAAAGGUCAGAAAGAGAGGCUUAUAAACACUCUAAAAUACAGUCCACCGACGAGUCCAGCCCUCAGUCGCUCUCACGGACACAGGAGGACACGGACAAGACGAACCGUGCAAGGGACCACGCGCAAAGGACAUUAAAAGGACAAAAUAAUAUACAAUAUUACAUCUACAGAGCAGAAUGGCUCAAAAAGAGAAACUUCAGUGCCUGAAGGAUUUCCACAAGGACACUCUGAAGCCAUCUCCUGGUAAAAGCCCCGGCACCCGGCCUGAAGACGAGGCAGAGGGCAAACAUCCCCAGCGGGAGAAGUGGGCCAGCAAGUUGGACUUUGUUCUGUCUGUAGCUGGCGGCUUUGUUGGUUUAGGGAACGUCUGGCGUUUCCCGUACCUCUGCUACAAGAAUGGUGGAGGUGCAUUUCUCAUUCCCUACUUCAUUUUCCUGUUUGGCGGAGGUCUGCCGGUCUUCUUCUUGGAGGUUGCUCUGGGUCAGUUCACCUCUGAGGGUGGCAUCACCUGCUGGGAGAAGCUCUGCCCCAUCUUUACUGGUAUUGGUUACGCCUCAGUUGUGAUCGUGUCCCUGCUCAACAUCUACUACAUUGUCAUCCUGGCCUGGGGCCUCUACUACUUGUUCCAGUGUUUUCAGCCGGAGCUGCCCUGGGCCAAGUGCAAUCAGUCCUGGAACACCGACCGCUGCAUUGAGGACACCUACCGCAAGAACAAAUCCCUAUGGCUGGCCGCCAACGCCACCAACUUCACCUCCCCUGUCACCGAGUUCUGGGAGUGA